CUUGUCACCAGCCCCCUGUGUUUAGGGAACCCAUGGAGCCCGCUCACAGCGCGCCCCUGGGGGACAGCUCUGCUGAGGUGCUGCUGAGCGAGCUGGAGCGGCAGGUGCAGGAUGUGGUGCGGACGAGCUCGUGGUGGGAGCGCCAUGGUGUGGACUGCGCUGUCCUUGCUCUCAGCCUUCUUGCCUUGCCAGCGGGGUUUCUGUGCCUACGCUUCCAUAAUAUCCUGGCCUUUGCUGCUGGCAUCACAAUCUUGGGUGUGUGCCAUUACACACUCACAGUCAAGGGCAGCCACCUGGCCUCUCACAGUGCUCUCACAGAAUCCAAACGAUGGAGCAAGAUCUUGAUGAUUUUCUUUAUGGAGGUAUGCACUGCCUUUCCCGCAGAGUUUGCUAAGCUCAACCACGUCAAUAUGCACCAUGGCUACACCAACGUGGUGGGGCUGGGAGACUCGAGCACGUGGAAGGCGCCUUUCUUCAACCGCUACAUUUACAUGUUCCUUGGGCCACUUUCCAUCCCCGUCUUAACUCCACUGGUAGCUCUUGCGCAUUUGAGGAAGGAAGAGCUGAGGAGAGCCCUGCGGACAUUGGCCUUCAUGUCCCUGGGCCUUUAUUCUCAGUACUGGAUGUUCCUGAACGUGUCAGGCAUCAAGAGCCCCAGUUCAGCGCUGGCCUGCAUGCUGCUCUCCAGAUCUCUGCUCGCCCACCCCUUUCUCUACGUCAACAUCUUCCAGCACAUCGGAUUGCCCAUGUUCUCCCCGGACAAGAAGCCCAGGCGGAUUCACAUGAUGACCCUGGGAGUGCUGAAUCUGCCACGGCAGCCAGUGCUGGACUGGGCAUUCGGCCACUCGCUCAUCAGCUGCCAUGUGGAGCACCACCUCUUCCCCCGGCUCUCUGACCACAUGUGUCUGAAGGUGAAGCCCUUGGUAUCAAAAUUUCUUCAUGACAAGAAGUUACCCUAUAAUGAGGGCUCCUACCUGGCUCGAUUCCAGCUGUUCCUCAGUCGCUAUGAGGAGUUAAUGGUGCAUGCUCCGCCCAUCACCGAGCUGGUGGGGCUUCAGUGAAGGCUGGGUGCCCUCCCUAGCCCAGUCCUGGCCCUCCUGCACUACUGGUCUUG